CUCGAACCAUCAAGCUCUCCGACUACCUCUGACCUUCCUCCGCAGCCAUGGCUAUCCAGGCGUGGUUCAUGGACGAAUCCAGCGAAGACCAACGCCUCCCUCACCGCCGGAACCCCGACGAGCCCGUUUCAAUUGACUACUUGGCCGAAUUGGGAGUGUUGUACUGGAAAUUGAACCCUAAAAAGUACGAAGACGACGAGGAAUUGAACGAAAUUAGGCAAGCCAGGGGAUACAAUUACAUGGAUUUGCUUGAUUUGUGCCCGGAGAAAGUCGCCAAUUACGAGGAGAAGCUCAAGAACUUCUACACGGAGCACAUUCAUGGCGACGAGGAGAUUCGUUACUGCUUGGAAGGAAGUGGCUACUUUGAUGUUCGUGACAAGAAGGACAGGUGGAUUCGAAUUUGGAUCAAGCCUGGGGAUCUCAUCAUUUUGCCUGCUGGAAUCUACCACAGAUUCACACUUGACACCACCGAUUACAUCAAGUUGAUGAGACUGUUCAUUGGAGAGCCAGUUUGGACAGCAUACAACCGGCCCCAGGAAGAGCAUCCGGCAAGGCAGGGUUACGUCGAAAGCAUCAACUCUUAUGGAGUGGCACAACCAGCUCAUUGAUUGCCUGUAUCAGCAAAUUACAAAUGUGGUGGAAUGGGAAUUGUGACUUGUAUGUAUAUUGUGUAGGGCUAUAAGCAAUAAGAAGGAAGCUCGUUCUUCUGGGUUUUCCAUGAUCAGGCUCUGAAGUAGUUGUUCAUUAUCUAAAUGCUUUCAGUCACAAAAACUCCGCAGUUGUAAGCUCAAUGGGACUGGUAUCCCCGGCUCUAAUCGAGUGGCACAAAUAGCUCAUUGAUUGCAUGUAUUGGCAAACUACAAACGCAAUCGAAUCGGAAUGGAGAUUUGUAUGUAUAUUGUAUAAGGCUAUAAGCAAUAAGAAGGCUCGUUCUUCUGGUUUUACAUGAUCAGCGUCUGAAGUUUUACAUG